AUGGAAGACUCAUCAACUACUGCAAGCCGUAACAUGGACUUUUCAAUGUCUGUUAGUAGUAGGUAUCAGGGUUUAAUAGACAUACCCAUAGGCACUCAAGUAAUUGAUGCGAUGGUUUCAUUUUUCAAUUACCUUGAUAACUACGCUCCAAGAAUGCCAUUUUUGUACAAUUUUGUAUCAGUUGUAAGAAUGCUCCAAUUGAUUGGCGGUGCGUUCAUGGCAGCAAAUAACGAUAUCUACGACCCUAAUACUAUCACAUAUAAAGCGAUGAGUAUCCUCACAGUUACAUUUCACUUAAUUCCUGUUCAAUAUAGACUCGGAAACGAGUAUAUUAUCCUUGAUAUUGUCAGUUUAAUCUUGUUUCUUUUUGGUAUGUAUCUUUUAAUCACAGCUUGGAUGUACAAAACCACAAGCAAAGUUCCAAAGAUCUCAACCAAUGUACUUGCGAUCUACAUUGCCGUUGGACCUUUCAUUUUGAUCCCAAUUUCUGUCCAAUACUUUGGUCAAAUCAUCAGUUCCCUUAUUGUAGGAAGAACAAAAGAUGUGGUAUCAAUUGUAUCAUCGAUUAUAGGCAUUUUAAUUGUAAUUCCAUAUCUAUGGAUUAUGGUUAAAGCAUAUUUGAUCACUUUGACAUUCAGACCAUGUUCCUUCAUGUCAAUCGAAGCAAGUCCGCAAUGGAAAUUCUUUUUCACUACUUUAAUUGUCACUUUUGUUUCUUCCUUAACAACAUACUUCCAGAAAUGGCCAUCGUUAGCGAUGAUAUGUAUAUCAGCCGCCGGAUAUGUCUAUUGUGGCACAACAUGCUUCAAUGGAGGAAAUUUUGUUUUGGAAUUACAUCAAGUCAUGGUUUUAGGUGGUUCUUUCCUCGGAUUCAUCUUAUGCUGCAUGAACUUAUACGCACUUCUAUCAUUAAAAAGAUGGAAUGAAAUAUUCUUUGAAAUAUUUAUUGCAAUAGCUGUCGCUUGCUUCCUUUUAACACAAGUAUACGUACGACUAAGAUACAAACGUGACCUUGUCAUUCUCGAUAAGUCCGAAGAAAGCCAAGAUAUCACAUUAUUCGUAUCAAAAGGAAAAUUCAGAAGAGUUGUUGGUACAGGAUACACAUUUUGCCAUCCUGCAUGUAUAAACUUCUCAGUUUUCAAAGCAGCGAUCGUUGAAUGGCCAGAAUCAAUCGAUCUUUGGGCAGAAUACGCAAAAUUCGUUGCAAUUUACCCAGAACUUACACCAACAUUGAUAUACAUUGGACAGAGUAUCAAUGCUUUGAACCUGAAAGACUCAAUUUCAACAAUUAUCAUGUCUAAUAUUGGUUAUAUCAUGAAUACGCGCGAAACAAAGAUUACACCUACUCUCACGAGUAAGAUCUCAAAGCUGAACAAAGUUUUCAACAAAGCGAAGAAUCGUAUUCGUAAUAUCUGGGAUUUAAUUCUUCAAGGCUCAGUUGCUGAAAUUAACCAUGCUAUUAAAUCAGCAAAUGAAGCUGUAGAACUUGCAGAUGUCGAAGUUAGCCAGUUAAAGAGUCUUUAUCCUAAUAACAGAUUUGUUGCUCGUCAAUACGCCAAAUUCCAAGGCGACAUCAACGCAAACGCUGUAGAAUACAAGGUAUGGAUGGAGAAUGUCAUACAACUUCAAGCCGGUAAGCAAGUUUGUGCAGAUAUUGUCCACGGAUUAGGAGUUUUCGUCUUCCCGAGCCUUCCUGAGAGUGUUGA